AUUAUUUCCCCCUCCACAGUGAAAAAAUUUAUUUACAAAAAAAAUUGCUGAUAAUAAAAUUAGAUCAUUUCAUUUCAUUUCAAAAAGAAAUGAACUUUUUCCUUUAAACGACGAUCGCAAUUUUAUUCUACGUAAAGUGACUUCGUGGCAUUAUCAUGUCUCAAAAUGUUAAAGUUUGCGAUAUAAACGACGAUGUGAAGGCAGCCCUGAAGAAAUUCCGGUUCCGCAAGAGUAAUACAAACGCUGCUCUAAUACUAAAAGUGAACCGAGAAGAGCAACGAAUAUGCGUCGAUACGGAGCUAGAAGACGUCAGUGUGGACGAACUGAGAGAAAUCAUUCCUAGUCAUCAGCCACGUUACAUCAUUUAUUGCUACAGAAUGGAGCAUUUGGAUGGUCGGAUAUCGUUUCCAAUGUGUUUCAUUUAUUUUACUCCCAGAGAUAGUCAUAUGGAGCUGCAAAUCAUGUACGCUGGUACAAAAAUAGCCCUUCAAAGGGAAGCGAAUCUCACACGAUCGUACGAAAUACGUGAUCUCGACGAAUUGACUGAAGAAUGGCUUGAAGAGCAAAUAGGAAAGUAAUCUGACGCUGCUGUUUUUCAAAAACAUGCUACGUAUAUAUUAUUAAUCAACACUUAUUAUUUUUAUACUUUUAUUUUACAUUUUUAUCGGAUGAUAUCGCUUGAGAAUAUUAUUUAUAACUUUCAUUUUAUCUUCGUAAAUGUGUGUUUUUUAAAAAAACGAAUCUUGACAAAAUUUAUUUAUAAAUGACUGUUUACGCGAAGGGUACUUUUUCAUGAGGGCUGAAUUUUCACAUUUCACAAUCGUUGAUUUUGAAAUUGAUCAGAGGAGAUGUGUAACAAUACUUCAAACCAAGUUCUUGCCUAAUAACUUUUUAUGAGAAUUUCUGUCUAAUUAUUAUUUUAUUUUUCAAACUGAAUUAUCCUUCGAAUUAUUUAAAAAUUGACCAAGAUGACAAAAUACCUCACCUACCUUACUGGAGGAUACCCUUGACCGUGACAAUGUUUUCUUAUUUUUUUUUUUUUAAUCAUGAAAUUAUGACAAAUAUAAUUGAAAUUUAUGCUCAUUUCUCUACGUAGAUAUAACGCUGUAGUUAUUUUACUUGAAAUAUUAUUAUAUUUAUUUUAUAUUUUUAAAAUAUCGACAAUUUUUAUGUCUGAAUCCAAGUCCAUUUAUAGUUACGUUAUAGGUAUUUUGCUAAAACUUGUCCGACUUGUUCUCAAGUUAAUUACCUAGAAAUGUUGUGAAAUAUGAAAAAUAUUAGAAUUAGGCGUCUCUGUGCCUGUGGUAGUAUCGCUGCACAAAAAUAUUGAUGAAUAAUUCCAUAUUAUUAAAAAUGUGAUUCGUGGAAAUAUUUAACUGCCAUUUUUUGAAUCUAACGUAACUUACUUGCCUAGAGAUAAUCAAGUCGAGCUUGAUUAAUAUUCCCUAUCUGUAGAAUUCCAAAGAAACAUUACGUAUUCCUCGUAUAGGUACUCGUAAUAUCGUUUUUGAAACGUUAAAUAAAGCUUUUCCGUUAGUUACCAACGUCAAAACCAUCAAUUUGUAAUGCCAAGGUAUGAAAAUAUACUGCACAACAAAUAAUAAAAAAAAUAUUGAAUAUUAAUGUAGAAUGUAGAUUAGUUAUUAGUAAUUUCUAGACCCUGUGUUUUGUUAUACGUAAUCUGAUAUUUUGUUUAUUUUUUUACAUUCGUAUUGUCGUAUUGGAAAUAAAACUUUUAGAUUAGUUUA